AUGAGCGCUUGCGCAUCGUCAUCAUCGACGCACAUUACUACGAAGAAAACAAGACGUGGAUUGAAAAAAAUAUCGUUUACAGAUUAUGAUCCUAAUUAUGAAAAUUUUUCACUUGUUUGGCUUGAUGAAAAAAGAGAUCACAAUGAAAUUCAAUGUCAAUUACGUUGCAUUAUCAAUUACUUGAAAUUGUUUCAUAAUAUUGAACAAUGUAUCAAAUAUGUACUUUCUGUUACAUCAGAAAAAAUAUUUUUGAUCAUUUCGGAUACAGUGUCAAAAAUUGUUAUUCCUCGUGUUCAUGAUCAUUCUCAACUUGAACAUAUCUACAUAUAUUGUCAUCGUCGUAUGACUUGUGAAUCAUCUAUUCAAAUUUAUGCAAAAGUUAGUGGUAUUUUUAUGGAUAAUAAUUCAUUGAUGACAAAGUUGAAAGAAGAUUAUCAAGUAUCGUCUCAUAAUUUAUGUUCAACAAGUGUCUUAACACCAGAAAAAUCGAUGAAUAAUUUCAAUCUGAACAGUUCAUCUGUUAAUUGGUUUCCAUUAUUAAUUGAAACAAUUAUUCGUACGCCUCAAUCUAAUUUAAUGAAAAAGUAUUUAUUAAGUAAAUGUGAACUCGACUAUAUCGAUAAUGAAUUAGAACAAAAAUCAAUUGAAGAUUUUCGUCAAUAUUACACAGCAACUGAUGUUAUAGUAUGGUAUAAACGUGAUUGUUUUAUCUAUCGUUUACUAAAUAAAGCAUUUCGUUCAGAAGAUAUUGUUACACUAUUUAAAUUCAGAUGUUUUCUAGCUGAUAUACAUUAUCAAUUAGAAAAACUUCAUUUAAAUUAUAUUGAUCAAUUACCAAAUGAACAAAACCAAUGGACUUUUUAUCGUGGACAAGGUAUUAGUAGUGAAGAAUUAAAUAAAAUCAAAAUCAAUAUUGGUAAAUUAAUCUCGAUAAAUACUUAUUUUUUAACAACAACAAAUUUUCAAACAGCUGUUACACAUGCUAAAAAUGGUGAACGAAAUCCAUUUGUUGAAUCAAUUGUUUUCGAAAUAAUCGUAAAUCGAUCAGUUGCAAAAUCAAAUAAGCCAUUUGCUGCUAUUAGUGAAGAUAAUGAUCAAAAUGAAAUUCUCUUCUCGCCGGGUACUAUUUUUCAAAAUGAAUCUAUUGAACAACAUGAUACAGUAUGGCAUGUUAAAUUAAGAUUGAUAGAUGAAAAACAACCGAAAGAAAUAAAUCAACUUAAAGAAAUAUUAAAACGUGAAAAUGAUCAUGCAUCACCAUUAACAUUGGUGGGUUAUUUUCUGUGGAAAGUAGGUAAAUAUGAUAAAGCUGAACAUAUCUUUGCUAUUCUAUUUAAAGAAUUACGUUCGUUCAAUCAUAAUGAAGUUUCUGCUAUCUAUAAUGAUACCGGACUUUUGUAUUAUGAUCGUGAUUACUAUAACAAAGCAUUGGAUUACUUUGAGAAAUCAUUUAAAUAUGCAAGGAAAAAUCAAUCGCCAAAUAUUGCUCACAUAGGUACAAUAUUGAACAAUAUUGGAUUGAUUUAUGCUCGUAAGAAAAAAUAUGAAACAGCAUUGAAAUAUUAUAGAGAAGUAUUACAAAUGCGACUUGAAAUUAACAAUCCGAAGCCAACAGAUCUUGCUGAUAUAGCCACAAGUCAUGCAAAUAUCGGAUGUGUAUAUGCGGAUAUGCGUUUAUUUUCACAGUCUUUAAUUAAUCUUGAAAAAGCUUUAGAUAUUCGUUUAAAACAAUUACCAGCUACUCAUCCACAUAUUGGACAAUCUUAUAAUUAUAUUGGAUAUGUUUAUUUUCUUCAAGGUUACUAUAAAAGAGCAUUAAAAGCAUAUCAUAUAGCACUCAAUAUUAAUCUUGCAUCGUAUGCUACCGAUCAUUCAGAUCUAUUAAAAACAUAUAAUAACAUUGGUGCCGUUUAUUUUGGCGAACAAAAGUAUUCGUUAGCUAUAGAAUAUUAUGAAAAAGCAAUUGAAAUUGGUAUCACAGCAUUGCCAAACGAUCAUCCAACUUUUGUACAAAUAUUUCAAAGUAUGGCAUGUGCUUAUAAAUCAAUGAAAAAUCAUUCUAUGGCAGUCAAAUAUUUUCGAAAAGCUUUAGAAAUUGAAAAGAACCGUUCGCAACUAAAUCAUGCAUUACUUUUCGAAAUCUAUACUCAUAUCGGAACUAGCUAUGAAUCUAUGAGUAAGAAUUUUAUGGCACUCAAUCAUUAUAAAGCUGGUCUUAAGCAUGGUUUUAAAAUGAAAAAUCGAAAUUAUUCUCGUAUACAUACUGUUCAAAGUGCUAUUCAUAGAUGUAUUAACCGAGCAGAACAAUUGACGGUUAAAAGUACCAAGAAACGAUAA